CUCCCGUGACUAUUCAAUAAUUAAUCCUCUUGUUUCUCACUUCAUCUUCAUCUUCAUCUUCUUCUUCAUCUUCAUCCUUAUCUCUUGUAAGCUUAACAAUGCUGAAAACCAUGCAGCAACUUCCUUUCCUUCUCUUCAUUCUUUCAUCCAUUCAUGUCCAUUGCCUCCACCAAGACAACCACCUCCUCUUCCCUCUUCACAACAACCUCCUCAAUGGACUCAUCCUCCCUACCACAACUCUCCUUUCUCUUUCCUCCCUCCAAGAUCAAGAAGAGAGAAAAAUGGCAUAAUACUAGAAAUGAAGCACAAAAGGCAUUGGUCUCAUGAAGAUGAACUCAUAGGAAUCUCAAAGUCUGCUGCUCAAAUCCCAUUGAAGUCAGGAAUUCUGCUCAAAACACUCAACUACAUUGUUAGCAUCAAGCUAGCAAAUAGAAAAAUGACGAUGAUCAUCGACACCGGUAGUGAUCUCACAUGGACACAAUGCAAGCCUUGUUUCUCUUGCUACAUCCAACAAGACCCUGUUUUUGAUCCUCACUUAUCAUCAUCUUAUCAAAACAUAUCAUGUGACUCAUCAACAUGCAUUGCAGUUAAGCCUAUUACUAGUGGUUGCACCAGCAAUGGUGCAAACUGUGGCUAUGCAUUGAGCUAUGGUGAUGGUUCUUACACUCUUGGUGUUCUUGGCAAGGAUAAGAUCAAUCUUGGAGGUAUAACUGUUGAAGAAUUCAUCUUCGGUUGUGGCCGGAGUAAUCACGGUCUUUUCGGGGGAGUUUCGGGUAUAAUAGGACUUGGUAGAACACAAUUGUCUCUUGUUUCUCAAACUAUAAAUCAGUUUGGAGGUGUCUUCUCUUACUGCUUGCCAACAAGAGCAUUCAAUUCAUCUGGUUCACUAAUUCUAGGCAAUGAUUCUUCUCUUUAUAGAAAUCUAACCCCAAUUUCAUACACUAGAUUAGUUUCAGGUCCUGUUAAAUUGCCAUUCUACUUUGUGAACCUCACCGGAAUGAUCAUUGGCGGCGAAAGACUCACCGAAGGGUUGUUUAAUGGAAGAGUUCUUAUUGAUUCAGGAACUGUGAUCACUAGACUUGCUCCUUCAGUGUACAGAGCUUUGAGGGAUGUGUUUACUAAGCGGUUUUCCGGGUACCCUCCGGCGCCGUCUUUUUCGAUCUUGGACACUUGUUUUGAUCUUUCAGAAUAUGAGGAAGUGAAGGUGCCAAUAAUGAAGUUUGAGUUUGAGGGAGAUGUGGAAUUGACUGUGGAUGUUACUGGGAUUUUGUAUAUUGUUAAGAGGGAUGCUUCUCAGGUUUGUUUGGCAGUUUCAAGUCUUGAGAGUGAAGAUGAAGUUGGGAUCAUUGGGAAUUUUCAGCAGAAAAAUUUGAGGGUUGUUUAUGAUUCUGCAGGGUCAAAACUAGGGUUUGCAAAAGAGAUUUGUGGUUAUGAUCAUCAGAAUUGAUGAUAUCAUUGUACUUGUUUUCUCUCUCUGUUUUAGUUUGUUCUUCAGAUAAAAAAGAAAAUAAAAAAAAAAAACUUUGGCUUUCCUGCAAUGCAGAGCAUCAG